AUUAACUCCGUGCGCGUCAGCAUCGCGGUGAAGCAGGCUGAUGAGAUCGAGAAGAUCCUGUGCCACAAAUUCAUGCGCUUCAUGAUGAUGAGGGCCGAGAACUUCUUCAUCCUGCGCAGGAAGCCCGUGGAGGGCUACGACAUCAGCUUCUUGAUCACAAACUUCCAUACGGAGCAGAUGUACAAGCACAAGCUGGUGGACUUUGUCAUCCAUUUCAUGGAAGAGAUCGACAAGGAGAUCAGCGAGAUGAAGCUCUCUGUCAAUGCCAGGGCCCGCAUUGUGGCAGAGGAGUUCCUCAAGAAU